AUGGUAAACGGUCCUCUUUUGAAGAACUUGUGCAGGAGCAAGCGAAUUGGUAAUAAUGAAAAAACAAGACAUGACAUAAAAAGUUUAACAAUUUUUGGGAAAAAAAAAAAGAACAGGAAAGUUGUUGUCAUAGAAUGCACUGAAGCAAGGAAAUACGGCAAGCAACCCUCAAGAUAUGUGACAGAGAAAAAUAAAGUAAACACACCGAAGAAGUUGCAGUUGUACAAGUAUAAUAAAUAUCUUAAAAGAAGAACAUUACACGUAGAAAUUAAGUAA